AUGGGUUUAGGAUCAAGCACCCAGUAUAAAGUACGGAUGUGUUUUCAAUGUCAAGGGACCACAGGUUUCUACUGUAACACGUGUAAUCAAGACUUGUGUCUGCAGUGUAAGGAGCGACAUGUAAUUGCUCUACUUUCCAAACAUCAUGAUGUUGUGAUUUACCGUGAAAAGUAUAAAUGCAUCCAAAAACGAAAAACUUGUGCAAGACAUCCAGACAACAUGUACGUGGAGUAUUGUGACUCAUGUGAACUCCCUGCCUGUUUUCAAUGUACAGAACACAGAAAUCACAAAAUACUUGACAUCAAAAGAGCUUAUGAAGAAAACCGCCAACAAUUCAGAGUAAACAUUCAAAAAAUCAGAAGUGACACUAUCUAUAAUAAUUGUUUUCACUUGACAGGAAUAAAAACUGAUAUAAAAACUUGUCAGACAGAAAUCUCCAAACAUCAGUCAAAGAUGUCCACAAAAGCCCAGAGACUAAAUAACAUUAUUGACACUGUCAUAUGUGAUGUUAAAGCCAGAUACAAAUAUUUAUGCAUUACGAGACUACAACAACUGAUCCGAAAAAUGAGCAGACACCUUGCCAGCAUAGAGAAUUAUGAAGACAGCUUUGAACAAUCAGCAAACAGGCCGGUAAAGUUCCUCUUAUUUCUUAAGAAAACCCGCUUGCCCAAAACGAAGGACACUCCCAAUUUAUUACAACACAUAACGCUUUCACUGACUGAGGAAACCAAUAUUGAGGUCUUGGUUAAGUUACUUAUUGAAAUCCGAAUUAUAGAGACAGGGAAAAGACAAGUACGAAAUGAAUGUGUACUAAAACUGAUGUCUACACCAGUGUUACACAAAUCAUUCAAUAUGAUGCAUGUUUCGGGAGUAACACACAUUUCGUUCAUUACAUCAGACCGGAUCUGCAUUUGUGAUGGUAGAGGUCUCAUCUUUGCAAAUACAACAGGUGACAAAUUUGUUCACAUGACUUUUUUAUCAGUAGUAAGUUAUCAUUGGAGUGAAAAUCAGAGUCCUACGCAGAGCUAUGGAGUACACACAGUUAACAUUAAAGGUGAAGUUAUUUACAUAGACUAUUAUGGUAACAUAAGAAAAUUGUUAAAUGAUGAAACAGAUUCUUUAGUGAUAAAGAACACAGACGAAUGGGAACCACAUUGUAUCUACUGUUCCAUCGCCAAUGAAGAUUUACUUCUUGGGACAUAUAAUAUUGAUUCAUGGGAAAGUAAAGUAAUGCGCUAUAACAAAAAAGGACAACACCUACAGACAAUAAAGCACAAUGAAACAGGCCAGGAACUGUAUAGAGCUCCUAUCUACAUCACAGAGAACCGCAAUGGAGAUAUUAUUGUGUCUGACUUGUGGUGUGGUGUAGUGGUGACAGAUCGAGGAGGAAGGCAUCGCUUCACCUACACAGGAUGUCCAUCAGAACCUCGACUAUUACCAUAUGGAAUCUGUACAGACGCGCUGUCAAACAUCCUUGUGUCUGAUGAGUACACCCGCACAGUACAUAUGAUUGAUAAGGAUGGGAACUUCCUGUCACAGAUACAUACACAACAUCAGAUGAAACCAUGUGGCUUGGGUUUGGACUACAAUACUAACCUUCUCUGGGUGGGUUCAAAGGAUAGCGAUAUUUUGUAUGUAUACAGAUACAUAACUCGACGGGAUUAUAUUACGGCUAAAGACAAAACAGAUGCCCUUAAACGCCCGAAAACUGGAGGUGGCCCAGCUAAAGCACCCCUUACAGCCGCAGAGGAGUGUCUCCUUCAAGCUUUCGACGGUCACCCUAACAUUGUAGGACUAACCCAAGGCAUUGAUUCUGAUGGAGGACACAUGGGCGUCAGAAGAACACUGGACAAAAUGAAUAAAAGUCAAUAUUGUUGGCCUCAUCUAAGGAAAAGUGUACAUGAUUAUGUGACUUCUUGUGAUAUAUGUAAGGAACGAAAACAUCCAAGUAAGAAGAAACGUUCAUACAUGAAAACGUAUCUCAGUGGUGUGAAAUUUGAGCGAAUAGCAGUGGACAUAGCUGGCCCGUUCCCUAAAACAAACAACGGAUUUGUGUAUAUUUUAGUGAUUGCGGACUAUUUCACCAAGUUUACGGAAAUAUUUCCUCUUCGCGAUAUUGAGGCUGAGACAGUAGCAAAUAUAUUCCGAGGCUGGAUCAAGAGAUAUGGCUGUCCUCAGGAAUUACAUUCGGACCAAGGUGUACAAUUAGAAAGCCAGAUAUUCCAGGAAUUAUGA